AUGGAUUUUUCCCGUUCCCCGGGCGGGUUUCGCUCGCGCCGCUCCUACCCAUCACUGAACCACAUCUCGUUGGCCCCGUUAACGCCUCGCUUCCCCAUCGACGAUGACGAGGAUGAUCUCUCGCCAGGCGCAGGAGGUGACUACUUUUCCGCGCGUAAUCCCCAUCAUGACGAGGACAAGUCCGCCUUCUCGCCCCGGAUCUCCUACCUGUCCAGCUACUCCGUCCCCGGCACCCCGGGCGUGCUGUCCCAUUCGCACUCCCGCAGCGGGUCCCGCGUGCGGCACCACCAGCGCAGUAAGAGCUCCGGCCGCAUGAAUCUGAGCGAUACCAAUCUUCAGGGCCAAGGGGUGGCAGCCGGACAGCCGUUGCAUCAUCAGCAGCACCAGCACCAGCACCAGCACCAGCGACAUCACGUCGGGGACGAUCUGUCGAAGCAUCGUAAUUCCUCGUCGGUGAAACAAGGCUACCCGUCGGAGUCGACGGGCCGUCGCGAUACCGAGUGGAUGCUACGUGCGGGCAUCGCGCUGGCAUCGUCGACCCGCGAAGAAAAAGGGCAGAGUUGGCUGGCGAAGAGGGAAAGCUCGACAAGUCUAGUCUCUGAAGGGGUCUAUGAUGGUAACAGCGCGGCAGGAUUGCAUGGGAGGUCAAAUCGCCGCACGAAGUCGGGCCGGUCUACACCUCUCGCGCAUUCUCGACAUGGUUCGCGCGCCGUCAGCCGAAGAAACAGUCGCCCGGACUUGGCCAUGACCAGUCUCGACAUGGGUUCCGCCGUGGCCGGUGGCAGCAGUCACACUCCCAUCCACGGAGCCAGUCCGGCGGAUGAAGGACGGCAUCUGGUGCCAGACUUUGUGGACGAGCGGAUCCGUGCGGAGAUGGAAUCCAUCCGGCAGGAGGCAGAGGAGUAUUCUACGUCCGAGUCAGACAAGUCCUGGGACUCAGAAGACGAGAUGGACGAGCAGGAGCUGCAGCGUCUCACGCGGGAGCGAGGCUUCGGGCUGGGUAGCUGGAUCGAUCGCAUGGUAGAAUGGACCUUAUUCGGCGUGGAGGACUGGCCGCUGUUGUCUUCCAGUGACCCCGAUCCCGCGGAGCGUCCGACAAAACAUGUGGAGAUAACUACCGAGGAACCGUUGACUAUCGGUGACCAUAGCGGUGAUACGUUAGGGCCGGGCUCGGUGGAUAAUGACGAUGGUGUUUCUGUUGCGAGCGAGAUAGAAGUCGGCACCGUGGGCGAGAAGCCUGGAGAGUUGGGAGGCUGGGAGGAUGCUGGAUGGUUGUUCCGGACGGUGAAACGACUUUUGAUCUGAACUCUGAACUCUACAGAGUAGAAGUCGAUGCUACUGGUCUCUUUUCUUUUCCCCCUCCUCUUUUUGGCCUUCUAAAGAGGCGCAUGUACCUCAUUUAAUCUGGGUUUAUUGGUCUAAAAUACUACUGCGAAAGAUCUACUUCGAGGCGAGAAUGGAAAUGUCUCCAACAUACACUUGCGACAUAUCUAUUGCACCCGCCUUCAAAUCAAUUCGCACCCCCUAAAAAGCAUAUUCUUGUGUACUCUUGCCCCAUACUACCCAUACCGAAUCAACCUCAAUUACCU